AUGGUAACCAACACAACCGAUCGCCUCACUCGCCUUCGUGAGCAAAUGAAAACACAUGGAAUUGAUGUCUUCCUCGUGCCUUCGGAAGAUGCACACCAGAGCGAAUAUAUAGCUGAAUGUGACCAACGUCGUCAUUGGAUUAGUGGUUUUACUGGUUCUGCUGGAUUCGCCAUUGUUACUAUGACAAAUGCCUCGUUAUUCACUGAUGGUAGAUAUUUCUUGCAAGCAUCUCAGCAGCUGGAUGACAAUUGGACUUUGAUGAAACAAGGCCUCCCUGGUGUACCGACUUGGCAAGAAUAUUUAGUAAAGAAUAUCAGCGCCGGUUCUCGCAUUGGACUUGAUCCCACACUUAUAAGUGGAGCUGAUGCCCACCAAAUCUCUGCUCAGUUAGAACCCACUGGUUCUACUCUCGUUCCUAUCCAAGAGAACUUGGUUGACGUUGUCUGGGGUAAGGAAAGACCCGAAGCUCCAAAGGAUAAGGUGUUUGUGCAACCAGUCAAGUAUGCAGGUAAAUCCGUUCAGGACAAGCUCAAAGAAUUACGUGACCAUAUUGUGGAUCAGAACGCAUAUGGCACCGUUGUAUCGGCCUUGGAUGAAAUUGCUUGGUUGUACAACUUGAGAGGGUCAGAUAUUGAAUGUAACCCUGUCUUUUUCUCAUAUUCGAUUAUCACCGAGCAUGAAGCAAUUCUAUAUAUUGAUCUUGACAAAUUAACAGAUGAUGUCAAGGAGCACUUGAAUGCAGCACAAGUCACAGUUGAACCUUACUCCAAAUUUUUCGACAAUCUUACUCAACUGAAGCCAAAGCUGGGUGAAAAGAAGUUACUAGUAAACAACAAGACAAGUUUAGCCGUCGAAGUGGCUGUUGGCGAAGAAAACGUGAUUGAAAAAAGAUCGUUCAUUACAGAUGCCAAGGCUAUCAAGACAAAGGAAGAAUUAGACGGUAUGCGUGCAUGCCAUCUUCGUGAUGGUGCUGCCCUUGUACAAUAUUUUGCUUGGCUUGAACAAAAGCUCCAUGCUGGGGAGCGUAUUGAUGAGGUCGAAGCUGCUGAUCGCUUAGAGCAAUUCCGUGCUGUUCAAGCACAUUACGUGGGCUUAUCAUUCGAUACCAUUUCUUCUACUGGCCCCAACGGUGCCAUCAUUCAUUACAAGCCAGAGAAGGAGACAUGCAAAGUGAUUGACCCAAACUUGAUUUAUCUUUGUGACUCUGGUGGACAAUACCUGGAUGGUACAACGGAUGUCACUCGUACGUAUCACUUUGGCGUACCGACUGAUUACGAGAAGCGAUGCUUCACCCGUGUUCUUCAGGGACAUAUUGCCAUUGACCAGGCCGUAUUCCCCAAGGGCACAACCGGAUACCUAUUAGAUCCUUUUGCUCGUCAAUUCCUUUGGCAGGAUGGUUUGAACUUCUUACACGGCACCGGACACGGUGUUGGCUCAUUCUUGAAUGUUCACGAGGGCCCUCAUGGCAUUGGCAUCCGUAUUGCUUACAACGAUACACCUCUUGCUGCUGGCAUGACAGUAACAGAUGAACCUGGUUAUUAUGAAGAUGGCAAGUUUGGUAUCCGUAUUGAAAAUGUGAUCAUUGUCAAGGAUGUCGAGACACCUAACAACUUUGGCGGUCGUGGAUACCUUGGCUUUGAACACGUCACCAUUGUGCCUAUUGGGCGUAACCUGAUUGAUGUUGAUUUGUUAUCUCCUUCAGAAAGAAAGUGGGUAAACGACUACCACCAAGAAUGCUUGAUCAAAUUAAGCCCUCUUGUGACUCACGAUGAACUAGCAAUGGAAUGGUUAAAGAAGGAAACCUUGCCUAUUUAA